UCUUCUAGGGGCCGGUACCCUUGUGCCCCUCUCGCCGCCGCCACCGCGCACUCGCAGCAGCCGCCAUGGCGCCGCCGGCCAGCUCCGACGAGCCCGCGCGCCACAAGAAGGCCAAGAAAUCUAAGUUCGAUAAGGAAAAGAAGAAGCACAAGAAGAAGAACCAAGAGAAUCCCACCACCGACGCCGCCCAGGUCAAGAGGAGGAAGCACAAGGACGGGCGGGAUGAGAAGCAGCAACAGCACAGCAAGAAGUACAAGAAGGAGAGGAAGCCCGAGGGCAAGGCAUCGGAAGGGGAGGAGGUGGAGGGAGGGAGGGCCGAGAAGAUGAAGCGGGCGAUGGAGGACGAGCGGUUCGCGGCGGCGCGGACGGAUCCGAGGUUCCGGCCGAUGCGGCGGAAGGAGGCCAAGGUGGCGCUGGACUCGAGGUUCAGCAGCAUGAUGACGGACCCGAGGUUCGCCUCGUCGGCGGCGCCGGUGGACAAGCGCGGCAAGCGACGAAAGAAGGGCGCCAGGGACAACCCCAUGCUGCACUACUAUCUCACCCAAGAUGAGGAAGAGGAGGGUAAAGAGAAGGGAAAGGAGAAAGAGAAGUUUGUUGAACAAAAGGAUGAAGAGGACGUGGAAGAAGAUGAGGAGCAGGAGGAGGAAGAGAGCUCCAGUAGCGAUGACGACGAGGAUGAAGACGUGGAUGACGAUGAGUACUCUGUCGGCAGUGACAUUGCUCAUUACUUAAUGGGCCGGCACGAUGAUACGCCUAUGAUUGACAAGGAAACUCACAGGCUUGCUGUUGUUAAUAUGGAUUGGGAUCAUAUCAAGGCAGUUGACCUGUAUAUGGUGAUGACAUCUUGCAUCCCAAAAGGUGGGCGGGUUUUAUCAGUCUCAAUCUAUCCAUCAGAAUUUGGACUGAAGUGCCUGGAAAUUGAAUCAACUCAGGGCCCAGCUGCUCUUGUUGAUGCCAAUGUUGAUGAUAAUGAUGAUGACAAUGACGAGGACAAUGACGAAGACGAAGACAACAGCGAUUAUGACGACGAUGAUGAUGAAAAUGUUGACUCCGACAAAGAGAACAACAAGCUGCGUGCUUAUGAGUUAAACAGACUGAGGUAUUACUAUGCAGUGGUGGUGUGUGAUUCUAGUGCAACUGCAAAUCACCUGUACACGACUCUUGAUGGUACCGAGUUCUUGAAAACAGCAAAUGUCUUUGAUUUGCAGUUUAUUUCCGAUUCUAUGGAGUUCAAACAUCCUGCUCGAGAUGUUGCUACAGAGGCACCUCCGAGUUACAAGGAGCCUGAUUUCGAGACUCGUGCUUUGCAACAUAGCAGAGUUAAGCUCACCUGGGACGAUGAUGAACCAGAGCGUAAGAAGGUCUUGAGGCGAAAGUUCACUGAUGAUCAGUUAGAUGAUCUUGACAUGUAUUUAGCAAGUGAUGACAGUGCGUCAGAUGAGGCCGGUGUAGACAAUUCUGAUGAUGACUCUCUACCAAACGGGGGAUGCAAACAAAAGCUAACAAAAGAGGAGAUGCUGGCUCUUCUACUGCAAGGUGACAAAUCUGAUGAGGAACAAACUGAUGGCCAGGAUAUGGAGAUUACAUUCAACACAGAGCUUGAGGAUCUCAGUAAACGUAUCCUAGAGAGAAAGAGCAAUGAGGAGAAGACUGUCUGGGAGAAGCACCAAGAGAAAAUGAAAGAGAAAAGAAAAGCUAGGAAGAGGGGGUUAAAGGAUGAUGAUGACUAUAACAGCGAAGAUGAGCCUGACGAGGAUGAUGAUUUUUUCGCCGAGGAGCAGUCUGAUGAAGAAACUAAGCCAAUCAAAAGCAAGAAACAAAAGGCAAAGAUCAAAGAUAAAGCAAAGGGGAAAGGAAAGGACAAACCCCUAGAGGAAUAUAUGGAGCAAGAAGCAACCAAAGAAGAGUUGGAGCUCUUGGUUGCUGGUGACCAGGAUACUGCCAAUGGUGCAAAGGGUUAUAACUUGAAGCGCAAAAAGAGUAAAAAGGGCAAGAAGGGUAAAGAGGUAUCUGCCGAGGACAACCUCCCUGAUAUUGAUCUUAGCAAGGAUGAGAGGUUCUCAGCAAUGUUCACGUCUCAUUUGUUCGCGUUGGAUCCUACCGAUCCCCAGUACAAGAGGAGUGCGCCCUUCAUGCGAAAGCAAGCUGGGAAGCAGGGGGGACAUGCAGGCAAUGCAGACAGGGAACCUCCUGUGGAGGGAUCGUCUAUGGAAGGUAAAUUGCCACCUGAUGAUGCAGCAGCUACUAAGAACGAUGAUCAGAAAUCUGAUGGGGCAUCCACAGAGAAGCUGCAGAUAUUAUCUGCGGUCAAGUCUCUCAAGAGGAACCUUGGUGCAUUCAAAAACGCAAGUACAGGUGAUCGAUAGAUAAGAGCAUUGUUUUGCUCUGGUACACUUCUAAAUUAGUGAAAUUCCUCUAAAAGAAAUUUAAGUUCUAUUUUUUUUUUUCAUGACGAAGAGGUUAGGCUUCAGGAUAGUUUAAUGAAUUGUUAUUUAUGUUUGUAACUGUGCUUCUACGGACAUGCGUCCUAUUUUCGGAUUUUGACAAUAUAAGAAUUCACUUGGCCA